CUGCAGGGAGUCUCUCUCUCUCUCUCUCUCUCUCUCUCUGUGUUCGCUCUUCGCAUACUAUAAAUACGCGUCUCACACUCUCUUGCGAAGUUGGGGGCGGAGCUUAAAGAAUCGGAGGAUCCGCUCUCUCUCUCUCUCUCUCUCUCUCUCUCUCUCAAGAAAUCGACUUUGGUCAUAGUUUUGUCUUGCUACCAUUUAAGUCAGUUAGCCAUGUGUCCUCCAGCCGCUUCUCCAGCCAGCGAUAUUGAUCUUUAUUGUAGUGAUAAGGAUAUAGUUACAUCUUUGGAUGGAAUCAUAAGUGGAUCUCCACUUCCAAGCAAUGUAAUUUCAGAUGUGAACCCUUACCAAUAUAAGCCUUCAGCUUUACCCGUUGGCAUUUGGUUUUUCAUCAGUUCCAAGAUGAGAAAGGAUGCAGACUUUGGAUACUGGAGGACCAAAGGGGAAGCUUGUCGGAUAUUCUCAAAUUCGUCAAUUACCGGUUGGAGAAGUACUCUUGAAUUCUAUGAAGGUCAAGCUCCUCACUGGCAUAAAACAGAUUGGGUUAUGCAAGAGUAUUGGAUAACUCGGAAAAUCUUGUCAAAAGACUUCAAUGAAAAGGAAAACAGCUUACUUUGCAAUGUCUUCUUUGUUGGUGAACAAAACCCAAACCCUGAGAAGACUUGGAAGAUGGCAGAAGUUGACACAGCUAGCCAAUCAACACCAGUAGUUGUUCAGAAGACUGAAAAUCAUACAGGGCAAGGUUCCACUAGCAAGCGUCAGAUAAAUGAAGGAGAUGGUCUUCCGUUUAUAGCUGUGUGUGAGGAUAAUGAUACUGAAAUAGUAAGAACCAGAGAAAGAGUUUCUCAUAAUCUUGUGGACAUUGAACACGAGACGGACUAUCUUCCGGGAGGUGACUUCCUAGAGUUGCUGGACCUGGAGAAUCCAGCAUCUCCUUCUUCUAGCUCCGAUUCAAGUUGCUUGACUAUGUCCUCAGACGAAUGUUUCGAUGCGCUGGAUUUGUUGCGAGACCUAGAGUCUGAAAAAAGCCACGCUCAGAUGCAAAAUAAUCCUGAUUGCAAGUUAAGUGUCUUUGCAUCUUCCAUGCCAACUGAGAUGGUCAUGUAUCCGGCAUCUACAGGAACUCUUGAUAAGCCGCCAAAUGAAGAAUUUCUCAGAAGUAAUAGAUCGAUACCCGGUUCAGCAAGCAGUAUUAAAAUCACAGAUAAGAAGGUUCUUAUGAAUCCAGAUGGAAAACAGAAACCUGAUUUCAGAAAUGAAGGCGCACCAUCAACUUCUCGAAGUGGAGUUGUGUCGCUCAGUGGCGACAUGGCAGCACCAGAAGAAGAUAGGAAAGCAGCUCGUGGCAGAAUGAAAAAGCUCAAGAAGAAGUAUCUCUGCUUCAUGCCAUUUUAGGUUUCUUUUAAUUUUAACACUUAUAGUAGAGUUGUAUGUAAUAGGUUGUCCUUAGCAAGUGGAAAUACGACCAUAAGAUUGUCUGUCUAGAACGAACAUAGGUCAUUAAUCCCUGUUUCUUCAAGGUUGUGGCCAAUAAGCAGUACGUUUUUACUGCUUAGUUGAUUAGUGGAUUUCAGAUACAUAGUGUUGGAUACAGGAUUUAGGUAGAAAGAAACAGGUGACUUAUAUUUAUAGAUGAAGAAAAGGUAGGAGAUUGAUUGUUAUAAUCUUGUUUUCAAGAUGUACCUCUUUUUUCUUAUUCCAAAUCAUCAAAUGACAUCCUUUGUUUAUAUAU